UAUGAGUGUCGUACUACGAGGCCUAUUUAUAGCGGUAUACAAAGUGUCCUGUGAACCGUCCACACGAGUCUGAAUCGACGUAGGAUAGCGAGAGUGGCGUGCAAUCGUGCGUAUAUUUACUACAGGAGGGGAAUAGGGGAGGACCGGGAGUACACCCCCCUAACCUCCCCUUUUAGCCCGAGAUUCCGUCGCGAUCGAAGCACACCCACAUUGAGCGUAGUGGUUGCCGCAUUCGGGCGCAGUCCUCUUAAAAUAGAAAAAUUUCGAAAUGGAGUUAAAAGGCAAAGUUGCUUUAAUAACAGGCGCCGCGGCAGGUAUCGGACUCGCUUAUAGCGAGGAAUUACUGAAACAAGGAGCUAAGGUAUCGCUGUGUGAUAUUGAUUCUGAAAUCGGAGAACAGGUGGCCGAUGAGUUGGGCGUGAAGUAUGGUCGGAAAAACGUUUUAUUUUGUCAAUGUGACGUUACUGAUUAUCCACAAUAUGAAGAGGCAUUUGAAAUGACUAUAAAGGUAUUUAAUCGACUGGAUAUAGUGAUCAACAAUGCUGGAGUUAUGAAUGAUAGAUUUUGGGAAUUGGAAGUCGACGUUAAUUUGAACGGAGUCAUUCGCGGCACUCUUCUUGCUUACCGGUUCAUGGGUAAAGACCGCGGAGGUCAGGGCGGUACUAUUAUUAAUACAGCGUCGACUGCUUUCGUCAGACCACAAGUCUCAACUCCAAUAUACACCGCUACUAACUAUGCUGUUGUUGGUCUUACAAGAUCGUAUGGGGACCAAUACCAUGUGAACUUAACUGGUGUUCGAAGCAUAGCCUUAUGCCCGGGCUUGACAGAUACAGGACUUGUAAAAGAGAUCCGUAAGCAACUGAUGUCCUCGGAAUACGAAGCCGCUUGGCAGCGUGACAACGCCAACUGCAAGGCUCAGAGCCCGGAGCAUAUUGGGAGAACGUUGAUCGAGGUCUUGAUGAAGGCUCAGAGCGGGUCUGUUUGGAUAGUAGAAAACGGUCAACCGGCAAGGGAAUGGCGUGGUUAAAUUUUUUUACACAAUAAUAUUUUUUUCAAUUUUCUACAAUAUCUGAUUUAGUGCCACGUACCUAUAUGUACACAUAUUUUUAUUUAAUUUUUACUCUAGUAUUUUUACAGAUAAGCCACCUUGAGAAUGUUGCUUGUAGAUAAUAAUACCUAUUCUAUGUGUUAUGUUAAUUUAUAAUGUUUGAAUUAUAAUUAUGGCAAUUUAAAUCGUGGUGAAUAGUUUUGUCUUGCUUUGACCUCUAAUUGACAAGUCACGAAACUAACGUUAUAAACCUUAUUUAAACAAUAAUGUAAAAUUUAUUAAUUUCUAAGCCAAAGUAAUGGGAAUUAAAUAAAUAUUGUACACUUAAGAACACAGGUGUCACAUAUGCGACCUCGUAACUUACCGUGCAAGAUGUGUGAAGAAGUCCCUAAGCACUUUUUAAAGUACUAAUAAAAUAAAAUGAAAUAUGCACAAAUAUCUAUGUAUACCAUUGUUGUGUAAUCCUGUAUUAAAUUAAAAUCAGUCUCUUUAUAUAAGGCUCAAGAUGUUUACAAUAAGUACAGCUAAUAAUACUAGCAUUA